AUGAUCCUGGGUCCUUGGCUCGAUCAGGACACGCUGGAUGACGUGAGGACCAAGCUCGCUGAGCUGGAGAAUGAAGUGGGCAAGGAAUUGUCGAUCUCCAUUAACCAUGCGGUGAGUGGGGAGACCCUCACGGUGGUGCGGGCCAGACCUUCCCAUACACCUGGCUACCUGCGAGAGCACGUGCUGAGGGCUACAGGAGAGGGUGGCGUCGCGCUUCACUUUCUUUUUCAGUCGCAGGUUCUGGACGAGAAGGUAAGCCUCAGAGAGGCAGGCUUGUCCGAUGGCGACACGGUGUUUUUGGUUCAGACGCCACUGCUGUGUCUCACGGCCUCCUUUGAUGGCACCGCCCGCAUCUGGUACCUGCAGAAUGGGGACUGCCGCAAAAUGCUUGUGGCACGACAAGGAGGGCAGGUGCAGUCUGCCACCUUUUCGCACGAUGGGUCCAUGCUGCUUACCGUCUCCUUAGAUGGUGAAGGAAAGCUUUGGUGUGCCGAAAGUGGACGUCUUUGGUGUGAGCUUUGUGGACAGCCCGGUGGUGUCUUGUGUGGUGAAUUUUCAGCAGAUAGCAAAUGGAUCACCGGCGCAUCUGAUGACUGUACCGCCAUAGUGUGGAGUGCUGAGACGGGGCACUGUUCUAAGAUCCUGGCUGGCCAUGAUGAUGAUGUGAAGUCAGCAGCAUUUUCCCCCGAUGCAUCGAUGGUAGUGACUGCCUCUUGUGAUGGCACCGCUGGCUUGUGGAUGGCGGCAGAUGGCAGCCGGAUCAGAUCGUUGGUUGGCCAUGAUGACGUGGUGAAAUCUGCCAUGUUCUCCUAUGAUGGGCUGCGGAUCAUCACGGCCUCCAUGGACGGCACAGCACGGGUUUGGAAUGUGGAUCCCGGUGACUGCCUUCAGGUAUUGCAAGGACAUGCCAAGGCAGUGAAUAGUGCGGCCUUCUCACCGGAUGACCAGCUGUACCUCACGACGUCCUUUGAUGGCACGGUCCGAGUGUGGGAAGCAGAGACAGGAGAGUGCAAUCUCGUUCUUCAUGCAGACAACAAGGUGGUGAACACUGCGCAGUUCUCACCAGAUGGCACCAUGAUCUUGGUCGCCUCGGGCACAGAGUGUGUCCGCUUGCUGAGUGCCACCACAGGUGAGUGCAUCAUGACAUUGGAUGGCCACGAAGAUUGGGUCAGGACCGCGAACUUUUCGCCGGAUGGCAUGCUUAUUGCUUCAGCCUCCUAUGAUGGCACUGCAAGGGUCUGGAGCUCCCGAACGGGGGAAUGUCUACAGACGCUGACGGGGCAUACAGCCGGGGCACCCACACUCAGGGUGACUACCCUAUGGGCUGACCAGAAAUGUUGGUUUACAGGGCCUUUCAGCAUGGUCAAGUUCGCUGAUUGGGUGAGGUGUGCACAAAGGCUACAGGUUAACGGCUUGGAAAGAGUGGGCAUUUCACACGUGCUACAGCUAGUUAGCUUGAAUAAUAGACACUACAAGAAUCUUAAUUUUAAAAUCAUGAUCAUGAAUUACUUUACUUCGUGUGAUCCCCACCAUGACAUUUAUCCAUUUUGUUACUGGCAAAUCCUCUGGCAUUCUAUCUGGCAUUCUAUCUGGCAUAUCUUCUGGCAUAUUAUCUGGCAAAUCUUCUGGCAUUCUAUCUGGCAAACAUUCUGGCACUUUAUCUGGCAUAUCUUCUGGCAUUCUAUCUGGCAUACCUUCUGGCAUUCUAUCUGGCAUAUCUUCUGA